AUGGCCAGAGUUCCGUUCAUAGGGAGGCUCUUCUUCCGAGAGUAUCUUGCUCUAUUUGGGUCUCUCAUACUCGUCGCGCUAGAAGUAUUCGUUCGGAUCAUUACACUUGGACUGCCUCAACCCAUCAUUCGUUUCUGCUACAACACGUCCAAGAAGUUGUUCAAUCGUCUAUCUUCCCCAAAGUCGAAACAAGCUCGAUCGCAACGGAAAGCAAGGUACUCUGCCAUCGCUAAUUGCUCCGAUUUCACCGAACUCUGUGCGCUAUAUGGGUAUUAUGCCGAGGAACAUGUCGUACAGACAGGAGAUGGAUAUCUUCUCGGCGUGCAUCGACUGCCGUACCGCAAAGGGGAAGAGGCGGGUGCUGCGAGAGUCAAUGCUGGACCUGACUCCAUCAGAAAGCCUGUGGUAUACCUUCAUCAUGGUCUUCUGAUGAAUAGUGAGGUGUGGGUGUGCAUCACAGAAGAAGAACGGUGUCUGCCGUUUACACUAGUCAAUCAAGGAUACGAUGUCUGGUUGGGUAACAAUCGAGGCAACAAAUACAGCAAGAAGUCUACUCAGUUUUCGCCGACGUCCACCAAGUUCUGGGACUUCUCGAUUGAGGAAUUCGCAUUCCACGAUGUUCCGAACACUAUCGAUUAUAUCCUUGACACAACAGCCCAACCCUCGCUCUCAUAUAUUGGUUUCAGUCAAGGCACUGCGCAAGCUUUUGCUACGCUUUCCAUCCAUCCCGGUCUGAACGACAAAGUCAACGUCUUCAUUGCCCUGGCUCCGGCAAUGUCUCCAGCAGGUCUGAGCAACGGCAUUGUCGAUGCAUUGGUCAAGACAAGUCCUGACGUCCUCUUCCUCGCUUUCGGUCGCAAAUCAAUCCUGUCUUCCGCGACCAUGUGGCAAUCCAUCCUCUACCCUCCUAUCUUCGUCCGCCUGAUAGACAUGUCACUCUCGUUCCUGUUCGCCUGGUACGGACGGAACAUUACCGUGCAGCAGAAACUGGCAGCAUACCCUCAUUUGUACAGCUUCACAAGCGUCAAGUCUGUGGUGCAUUGGUUUCAAAUCAUUCGAAACAAGUCUUUCCAGAUGUACGAUGAUGACGGCUCAAACAAAUUCAGCAUCGGCGCCAGCAACCGAUAUUACAAAGUCGCAAAGUUCCCUACACGGAAUAUCAAGACUCCUAUUGUUCUUGUCUACGGCGGCAGCGACUCGCUAGUGGACAUUCGGGUCAUGCUCAAGGAACUGCCUAGACAUACCAUCGCCACGGAAAUUCCUCAUUAUGAGCAUCUCGAUUUCCUCUGGGGACAAGAUGUGCACAAUCUCGUAUUCCCACAUGUGUUGGAGGCACUGCGCUAUUACGCUCACGGGCGUACAACGAACGGCUUGCCGAAGGGCAACGAUUCCAAGGCCGCCGGGGCCCAAUCCACUGCCCAGGAACUGACAAAUGUUCCACCUGAACGAGAAAUUGACGAUGAAGGCGAACCUCAACGACCCAUCACGCCUCAAACCCAAGGGCUCCGACAUUCCAGUGUGGUCUCUGAUUCAGUUUGUGGUCACUUCAUCACUCGAUCUAUCGACUAUGACAUGAUCACAUGUUGCUGA